CACAGGUCGCGGCGGACUUUUGGACCCUGAUUCUUCCCUCUGUCUGCUCCUGGCGCGCGCACAGAAAAUGGCUCUUCGUGUUUUAGAAAUCAUCUUUUUCUUUUAUUUUGCAUCUCAUAUUCCCAUAACGCUGUUGAUUGACCUGCAGGCCCUGCUGCCCGGACAUGUUUACCCCCAGCCGCUGAGGGACCUUCUGAGCUGGUAUGCUGAGGAGUUCAAGGACCCCAUGGUGCUGGACCCCCCCCACUGGUUCAAGUCCUUCGUGUUCUGUGAGGCUGUGCUGCAGAUGCCUUUCUUUCCCAUUGCAGCUUAUGCUUUCCUGAAAGGUGGCUGUACGUGGAUCCGGACUCCGGCCAUUCUUUACUCCACACAUGUUGCCACCACGCUGAUCCCCAUCCUGGCUCAUAUCCUCUUCCAUCAGUUCCCCACCAAACCCCACCCCGGCCCCCAGACUGACAGAGAGCGCUGGCUGCUGGUCUCCAUCUACGCGCCCUACCUGCUGGUCCCGCUGCUGCUGCUGCUCACCAUGCUGCUGUCCUCCAAAUAUAACUCCGCCUCCAAAGCUGGGAGCACGUCAGGAAAAGCCAAGAAGAAGAACUGAAUCCUUGACCGAACUCUGAUGUUUACCUCGGUUGUAGAAGAUCUCCUCCUGUCCUGCAAAACUCGAUUUAAAAGCUCAUCCAAGACUGAAGGCCAAACCAUGUCAGGCCUUCACUCUUUUUCUUUUAUGAAGCUUUUUGUGCUCCUUAUUAGUUUUAUCUGUUAAAAUGACACAGUUAAUUUAGAUUGAAAAAACAGAAGCUUUCUGAAACUUUGGAGGAACGUAAGUCUGAUGAAGAUAAACUGGGUUUAAUUGUUUUAGUAUUUCUUUCACCCCAUUGUGCCUUAAACUUUUUCACAUUUCUAUCACUUGAAUGCAUUUAU